UGAUUGUAAUCGAUAUACGUCCUACUCAUGGCGCAUGAUUACUGGACAAGUCUUCCCUACUGUGUACCAUAGUGCCGCCUCUAUGUUGGCUGCCCGUUGAGGGGCCUUUCGGGGGCGAGCUACCCCACGAAAAUCUUCGGCACCAAUCAUAAGUGACGUCGUGGGUGUGCCCUGCUACCUAGCUUCAACACAACAUUACCUUAGCCUCGUGGACAACAAGGCAGCGUUCGUUACUCUAGCCUGCCUGCUUCGCUUCUGUUCUGCCUUUGUGCACUCUUCAUACUCAAGACAGUCUCACGAUAAUUGGCAAAAACGACUCGUCACCAUGGACUUGGACAAGCUAUUCGAUUUCUCGCGGCCGGAGCUUUGGGUCUCUGCGGCGUCUAUUGCGUUCAAUCCUGUGUUUUGGAACAUCGUUGCGUACAAUGAAUACCACCACAAACUCCUCACCAAACUCUUCGGCGGCAACCGCCACUACGGCUGCUACGCCCUCGCCAUCACAAUCUUCUCCCUCGGCAUCCUCCGCGACAUCCUGUACGAGCGCGCGCUGCGCAGCCAACCGAGCGACCCGGCCCUCCAGACCGCCACGGUCCAAUACAUCUCCUGGGGCCUCUUCCUGACCGGCAACGUGCUCGUGCUCAGCUCGAUGUGGGCGCUCGGCGUCACGGGCACCUAUCUGGGCGACUACUUUGGCAUCCUCAUGGACGAGCCCGUGACGAGCUUCCCGUUUAGCGUCACGCCUGCGCCCAUGUAUCAUGGCUCGACGCUCAGUUUUUUGGGCUCGGCGCUGUAUUUUGCGAAGCCGGCGGGCGUGCUGCUGACGGUGCAUGUCGCGGUUAUGUAUUUCUUUGCCAGGCGGUUUGAGGAUCCGUUUACGGAGAGGAUUUAUAGGGAGAGGGAGGAGCGGCGGGGGGCGGCGGGGAAGAAGAGGGCGUAGGGUUGCCGUGAUGGCUGUUGUUGGGUUGGGGUGUGAGCCAGUGUGGCAUGGAAGUAAGGGCAGGCUGCGGGAGGCGAUUGAAGGGAUAGGUGGGGUGGAGAUUCAGGGGGGGCGGAGGUGUGGUGCAUGUAAUCGCCAUAGAUUUCAACAUAGCGUAGGCGUUGCGGGCAUUCAACUUUGUCCGCAUGGAAUGGGGCGAUUGGCGGUCGUUAAUAGAGAAGCUUCGUGGGUCUGAUGUACCCAGCCAAGG